AUGGUGACAAGCAAAGACCAACGAGCCUCCAUCCUGCACCUCCAUCUGGCUGGAUGCACUGCAAAGACCAUCUCCAAGCAGCUCCAGAUUCCCUUAAGAACCGUGUACAACAACGUCAACAGGUACAAGGCGACAGGAACUAUGGAGGACAAGCCUAGAAGUGGAAGACCGAAGAGUGCAACGACAAAGGAGAUCGUGAAAAUCAUUCGAGAGAAAAUCCGCCGCCACCCUCGUAGGUCCGAGAGAAAAAUGGCUCUUGAG